ACGGAUCGUGGAAGUGUACGGAUCGGGUCCGGGCCAAACCGCUCCAACGCUCGGGUUUGAAAAAACGUUCUUGGAAUGAUCGUCCAUUCCGUGCAACUCCGGAGUUUCCAAAGUUCUCGCAGCAACGGAACAUCUCCCUCUUCUUUAAAACUAGCAUUUCUUUCUCCUUCUUCUGGAGAUCGUCGCAUUUCAUAAGACCUUCAGAGCUGCAAUGGCUACUGGAGCCGCUGCCCUCGCCUUCAAUCCCGCCGGGAUCUCUUCCAUAACCGCCCUGUCCGGUGCCGGAGCUUCUCAGAGGAUCUCUCCUUUCCGGCACUGCUCUCCAAUCUCUGGCGGCAGCGUUCGGUCGAUGCAGCUGCUUAGGCCUUGCUCUCUCCUGCAUUCCAGAUCAGAGAGUUUCUCCGGUGUAAGAACACAGGUUGCAGCUGUUGAACAAGCAAGUAUUGAAGUGCCUCAAAGUGUGGAAUCGCCUGUUGUGGUCAUCACUGGAGCUUCUAGAGGAAUAGGAAAAGCAAUAGCAUUGGCCCUGGGCAAAGCUGGCUGUAAGAUACUUGUAAACUACGCAAGGUCCUCAAAGGAGGCUGAAGAAGUUUCCAAAGAGAUUGAAGCAUCUGGUGGUCAAGCCCUUACUUUUGGGGGAGAUGUUUCAAAAGAAGCUGAUGUGGAUUCCAUGAUCAAAACAGCAGUUGAUGCAUGGGGAACAGUCGAUGUAUUAAUAAACAAUGCAGGAAUUACUCGGGAUACAUUGAUGAUGAGAAUGAAGAAAUCUCAGUGGCAGGAAGUUAUUGAUUUGAAUCUUACCGGUGUCUUUCUCUGUACACAGGCUGCAACCAAAAUUAUGAUGAAAAAGAAAAAGGGAAGAGUUAUCAACAUAGCAUCUGUGGUUGGUCUCGUUGGUAACAUUGGGCAAGCUAACUACAGUGCUGCAAAAGCUGGGGUAAUUGGCUUAACCAAGACUGUUGCAAAGGAAUAUGCAAGCAGAAAUAUCAAUGUAAAUGCUGUCGCCCCUGGAUUCAUUGCAUCUGAUAUGACUGCCAAGCUUGGAGAAGACAUUGAGAAGAAAUUCCUGGAGACCAUCCCCUUAGGGAGGUAUGGCCAACCAGAAGAAGUUGCUGGACUGGUAGAAUUCUUGGCCCUUUCUCCGGCAGCCAAUUAUAUUACUGGACAGGUAUGCUCAGCUAUAUUACCGAUGUCUAGGUGCUUACCAUCGAUGGAGGUAUGGUCAUGUAAGCUUUUGGGCAUUCUCUUAGAAGAUGGAUGAUAAAAGGAAGAGGCUUCCUAAUUUGCCAGCUUCAAAAUGACAUCAUUGAAGUUUGAGGUUUUAAUCUCGAAUGAAGACUAAGAUUUUCUGCCACGGUUACUGAUGGUCGGCUGCUUCUGAUACAACAGAGGAUCGAGUCUAUAGAUGAGUUAUUUGCUCAAGGUAGUUAGCACAAAAAAAUGAAUUCUCUAGCGGUUUCUGUUCAUUUAAAGAAAACCUUACGGAAAUGAGUAAUCAAUGCAGCUCUGGAAGCUGGGUUUGGUUAUAUUGCUGAUUCUUGUGUCUUGUUCUGCUCACCUGAUCUGAGCUGGUGGAGUGGCAUGCUACCCACAUCUGAUUCUUGUGCCUGGUGGUGUUGCAUGUUUGCCAAAUGCCUGUUUUAGGCUACUUGAUAUCUUGUUAAUUUGAAAUGAAGCUAAUAUUCAGCAGUAGACUGUUAAUAGGAUGG